CGGGAGUCCCGACCGACAUGCGACGGUGGCGGCCGUCGUCCAUACGUCGACUCGCUCAUCGACCUACGCGUCCCAGACGGAGGCAAGGGUGACGGUGCAGGGCGGCGCGCUGUUAGGGACGACGAGUUCGUGAACCUGCUGUCGGAGUUUCUGGGCGCUGGCACGGGGACGGUGAUGGCAAGCAUCGAAUGGACCCUCGCCCACCUGGUAAACGACCAGGAGAUCCAGAAAAAGCUUCGGGACGAGGUCGACGGCGCCGGCGGGGCCGUGGCCGCCAGCUCCAGCAGGAGCCUCAUCCGUGGCAUGCCGUAUCUGAACGCGGUCGUGCUCGAGACCCUCCGCUCGCAUCCACAGGUGCCCUUCGUCCAGCGCCACGUCCAUGCCGACGCAGCGGAGGUGCUCGGAGUCGGAGGAAAAACCAGCGGCGACUUCAUUGCACAGUUCACUGUUGGAGACAUGGGAAGGGAUGGCAAGACGUGGAUCGAUCCGGACGAGUUCCGGCCGGAGCGGUUCCUUCCCGGCGGUGAGGCAGAGGACGUCGGCCCUUUGCCGGGGACCAAGGAGAUAAGGAUGAUGCCAUUCGGCGCCGGGCAUAGGUUCUGCCCGGGCGUGGGUCUGGCCAUGAUGAACAUCAAGUGCUUCUUGGCUGCCCUUGUGCAUGAAUUCGAGUGGGCGCCUCCGGGGACGGAGGGCUGCGCCGGCGUCGACAUGACGGAGCUCAACACCUUCAUCAAGGCGAUGAAGAAGCCCCUUUCCGCACGUCUCACGCGACGCACUUAAUCCUCGGCGUCUGGUGUUUGUCGUCUACUUUGGCCACGUUGGGAUGCAUGCAUGGCGGCAGCCGUGGUCUUUCUUCUUCCAGUGUGGUGUGUGCCUGUGUCAUGGGCGACUCCGUGCCGGCCAUCAUGCCGACUGACGAGCUUGUGGUGGCCAUCUCGCCUCUAGUGUAUAUCUGUGCACGUCAUGAUAUCGUUCUGUGCUCUUGCUAUCUUGUGUGGUUGAUGUAACGGUGUUUCCGGCGUAUAAUUAAGUAAAUGUUGCACAUA